CAGUGUAUGCACGGCUCAUACUGUACUAGAUACUAAGUGGAUUCAUAGCCAUCUGAUACAUGGCAUGCUGUAUUGUGUAACUAUCACAUAAGAUCAGACUGCAAAGGUCAAAGCAGCCACAGCAGCUUGGAGAAAAGAAGAGAGCACAUUGCAAAGCAUACAAGAUGUCUACCGCCCUCCUCCUGUUGGCACUACUAGGAGCAACCUGUUAUGCAGACGAUGUCAUCCUCAAACCCACCACCACAGGUCCAGUGGAGAUCGCUCUGGUCAUGAUCCAAGGAGCUCAAAUACCUGCCGAGCGCUACACACCACUAGCUCAAGCCCUGCAAGCUGCAGCUCACUUCCCCGUGUGGGUAGGCAUCCCUGACUUCCCUCUGAACACUCCAGAGCCCCUCGUUAUCGGAGGUGGGAUUAGCAGAGUCUUGCAGUCCAUGCAAGAACAGGGAAUGAAUAAAACAGCUAAACAGUUUUUCACUGGACACUCGUUAGGUGGUAUAAUGCUUCAGGACUACCUCGUUAGUGACCCCUCAGGAGCUAUGGGCCAAGUUCUAAUGGGAUCGUUUCUUCAACGGAAAUAUCGAAAACAAACCUUUGCAAUUCCGACGAUGACCAUCGGUGGUGAAUUGGACGGGCUGUGUCAUGUGACUAGAAUUAUGGAAGAGUUUUACCACAGGAUAAUACAUGCGACUGACAGAGAUAGUGCUAACAAUAAUUUCCCUGUGGUUGUCGUACAUGGAGUAUCACACUUGCAGUUUGCGUCCGGAGAUCCUCCAGAGCUUGUAAAACUGAGAGAUUUGAAGCCUGAGAUUUCCGAGGAGCAAGCGCACAAGAACAUAGCGCUGUUAGUAUCAGCAUUUAUAUCUACGAAGCUAGGAGAUGCAGCUGCAUUUCAGUAUGUAUCGAGUGCGGUUGUGGCUACAGACACCUUCAUGAAACCCCUCAUAGCUGCGUAUGAACUGGAGGGGUCCUACUAUUUCAAGCCACCUUGUUAUCAGGACGAGACUGUUUCUUGCACGCUAGGCUCUCCUUGGAGCGAGCGUGCUCAACAGACCAUGGGAGGUCUGCCUGAGGGCAGUGUGAACGACACUGAUGUUUUCCAUCCUGUGUAUCAGAUAAAUCCAGUCCAUCUUCCUCACGUCCUCAACACAACCAGCUGCAGUACACCCGGCAAGCUCUGUGUGGUGAAUAUGACUACAGUCAGUCAGAAUGUAUAUGAUGAAUUAGACACGCUUAUCGAUGCCGGUUUCGUUGCUACGUCUGCUAAUGAAAUGAGAGUCAAACUAAAGUCUCGACAAGUUGUCUACGAGGCUGGUGGCUAUAAGAACGUUGACUUCAACAAGACCGAUGGCUCCUCAAUAUGCAAAGACAUUAACCAAGAAGCUUACAACUGGGCUAUACAGAAUGCUAAUUUCACUACCCUAAAACGAUUCGAGAAGUACGGUGUUGCGAUGGUGAUGGGUGAAGACAAGGGACCCUAUAAUGUUGGUCCAGUGUGGAUAUGGGACCCACUCUCUUACUCGAAGACUAAGACAUCAUUUGGUAUAGAUGUGAUUGAGGUUCAAUCAGUCAUGAUGCGCACACCUAGUGAUUACGGCAUCAAGGCCGCUGCUGGCAUGCACUACUGUAAGCUGUUGUCUCCUGCCAGAGCUAUGGAGUGGAUGUACGUGGAUGCACUGAGAGAGCAUUACGGAAUCAACAACUGAUCAUAACUGUACAUGCAUGUACUGAUAUUGCUACUCUAUACAUAUGCCAUGCUUGUAGUAUAAUGCCCUGCACUUUAAUUUAUUAAGUAACUGUUACAAUUCGUUGGAUAAUAAUUUAUACGCAA